AUGAAGGAGGGCUUCCAAGGCUUCAGACUUUCAGCUCCCGUCUCUGACAACCAGCUUGUACCUUGGCCAUUCUUGCUUUAUGCUUCAGGUUCAGAUAGCUUAUUGGAUAACAGUGGACGUCAUGGAGGUGAGUCCUGCAAGAAUGGUGAAGCAAUUCAACCGUUUCUUUUGGACUCCGUUUUAGGCAGCCUUGGGCUGGGACUAACCUGCACAGGGGAGGUUAGGGGGAUACAAUCCCAGACCGAUAUUUCUCAGAGCAGCGCUCCUGGCAAUAGCAAUACGGAGCGGGCAUGGGAUGCUUCCACGAGCCAGGCGAGAGAGAGAGAUCUCCGAGAGUGUAUAGCAAUUAAUGUCAAACAUAACUGGCUGAAAGCCACGGUGGACCCCGUAGCCUUUCCCCCGGACACAGAACCCACAGCAAAGGUGGAUAUCUCAUCGCUCCUCUUGUCUCAAGAUGAGGCAAAAGAGACAUAUACAACAGUCAGCCCGGUGACAGAGUCUGUAGUUGUGCCAGCCCCAGCAGGAACAACUGCAGGCUCUCCCUGCUCAACAAUACUCCCAAAGGCAAUCGAAACGCGACUACCUAUUUCCCCAAUCGCCGGAUCCACCGUACCAGCAAAACGACGACAGCCAGCCCCGCCACUGGAAGUUCCAGCCAAAAGGCAAUCGAAGUGGUCAGCUGAUGAAGAUGCUCUGAUCACAGAACUGCGAGGUAGUUCAAUGAAAUGGAACGACAUCAGCAACAGGAUACCUGGCCGAAGUGCAAUUGGUUGUCGUCUUCAUUACCAAAAUUACCUUAAACCACGGAGCGAGUGGGAUGAGGAUCUUAAGAACAUGCUGGCUAGGCAGUACGAAAGGUUCAGACGGGAGAUGUGGACUAAAAUAGCAGAUAUUUUAGGCCGCUCGUGGAGAUCAGCUGAAGCGAUGCAUUGGCAGCUAGGGAAACAAGAGAUGGCUAGACGUGCUGGAGUGAAAUCGUUUUCGCUUUCAAAUACAACAUCAGAACCACCUCAGAAGCCACACAGACACAGAGCGACAACGCCGAGAUCGAGGCGAGACGCAGGGACACGAGGAGUGCAAGGUCAGCAACUUCCUCCUGUUGCCGAACUCUCUGCUGGAGCUGCGUCUAGUCAGUCGCGUGAGCAUUAUCCUUUGAGGAGGUCCCCGAAGUCGCCUACAGAACAGAGUCGUGUAGGAACCCCGCAUAGGAGGAGGAACCCGGUCUAG